AUGUUGUCAGAUAACAUGAAACAAAAGAGCGAAAAGAAACUCAUUGCUGACUUCGACGCUGUUUCAUUAUAUCCAUCCGCUAUAGCAAGACUUUAUACUUUAGAAGGAAUUCCAAAAGUAUUGAAGGAUGAGAUGUUAAGUUCUGAAUAUUUGUUAAAGCAUUUAUUCGAUGACGACCAAAAGGAACCCAUUGGUGAAAAGUUUAUGUCUGGCUUCUUUGUUCUCAUUAAGAUAAAAGAGAUUAGCAUACAUAGACACUUUCCUUUAAUAGUUUGUGACCCUGAACUAAAUCCAGAACUUAACGUUCCCAGAAGUUCAAACUCUUGCUGUCUCAUGUAUGUUGACCAUAUAACAUUACAAGACCUUAUAAAAUAUCAAGGUGUCAAAUGUGAAGUGUUGCAAGGAUACUACUACGAUGGAAACAGAGAUAUUAGAAUAAGAGAUGAAGUAAAGAAGUUGUUUGAGUUAAGGUUAAAGUAUAAGAAAGAAGGAAAUCCUUUGCAAGAAAAUAUAAAGCUCAUUCUGAACAGUAUUUAUGGCAAAACUAUUCUAUCUCCUAUUGAGUCAAAAAUAACCAUAGUAGAUGACAAAGAUGCUAUAAGAUAUGCCAUCAGAAACUACAACCAUAUAGUGAAGUUCGAAGGUUUGGAUGGUUCAGAUAAAACUAUUUUCAAGCUAACGAAAAGCAUUUGCAGACACUUUAACUUCUGUCCACUUGGUGUUAACAUUCUGUCUAUGUCGAAGAGAAUAAUGUGUGAAGUAUUCUGUACUGCUGAGGACUUAGGAAUGGACAUCUUUUAUAGCGAUACGGACAGUAUGCAUCUCUACAAUGAAGAUAUCCCUCGUUUAGCUGAAGAGUUUGAGAAACGUUAUGGAAGAGUUCUCAUUGGUAAAAACCUUGGUCAAUUUCAUAGCGACUUUGCAGAAAUCACAAAAGAUAAACAAAGUUUAGCAUACAAGUCAAUAUUUUGUGGAAAGAAGACUUACAUAGACUUACUCACGAAUGAUUUAAAUUAA